AUGGGACUUUCAACGUUCAUGUUGACCGCCUUCUUAGUCGUUAUGACUAGUGGAUUUAAUUAUGGCCACUUCUUUUUAGCUGGCUGGCCAGGAUGGCCCACAGGAGACAAUCCUUUUGCAGGAUACCACUCACCUAUGAAAUAUAACUUCCCCCCGUAUAAGUUUAAGCCAAUUAGACCAUUUAAGAUGAAGAGCGUGUUCGAUAGUUUUGAAAACUUCCAAAAUUUCGACGAUUUUCCCAAAUUUCCCGAAAUAAAGCCGAUUGACUUUGAUAUGAUCAAGACUUAUCAGCCUGGAAACGGGGAGAAAUUCCAAGGCCAUUCCAUCAUCAGCAACUCAUACUCGUCUAAUAACAAUGGCGAGAUAUCACAAGGAGGCCACAUAGCAGUCGUACAAAAUAAUAACGGACAAGUAAAAGAAGAAAAGAUAGUUUUUUGA